AACUGCCAUCGACCCACCAAAAAGUUUCUCCCUAGCUACAAGAGAAAAACAAAACAUGUCUUCUCUCCAACCAACAUUUUCUUCCAAAACCAGUACAAACUUCAAUGAGUUUCAAUGGGUCAUUCAAAUCCAAAAAACACUUGAGGAAGAGCUUGAGUAUGAUGGGGAAAUCCCUGUCUCCAUUUUCAAUGUCCCCAAGGCCCUUUUGGCUAGCGAUCCAGAUUCCUACAUCCCUCAAGAAGUUGCAAUUGGCCCUUACCACUAUUUGCGCCCUGAGCUCUAUGAGAUGGAGAGGUACAAAGUGGCUGCAGCUAAAAGGACCCAAAAGCAGCUCCAAUGCCUAAAGUUCCAAGACCUUGUUGAGCAAUUGAAGAAGCUGGAGCCGCGGAUUCGCGCUUGCUACCACAAGUAUUUGGAUUUCAAUGGUGACACUUUAGGUUGGAUGAUGGCCAUUGCUGCAUCAUUUUUCCUUGAGUUACUCCAAAUCUAUGGGGCCAAAGAAGGAAGGGUUUUGGCCAGAGUUUCCUCGAGCAUGUCACACUUGGUUGACGUUUCAGGGAGCAAGUCAGCUCACCAUGCAAUUCUUAGGGACUUGGUGAUGCUUGAAAACCAAAUCCCACUAUUUGUGUCCAGAAGAAUUUUGGAGUUACAAUUCACAUCACUGGAACAAGCCGACGACCUUCUGCUUUCGAUGCUGAUGGGGUUGUGCAAGGAGCUUUCACCAUUCAAGGUGGUGGAUCAAGACCUGCCAAAGAUCCAAGUCUCAGAAUGUGCUCACUUGCUAGACUUUUUGUACCAAAUGAUCACCCCCAAGUUAGAACGUCGACCGUCUGAAAUUGUGGAAGCUGAGGAUGAAGGAGAGUCCACACCACACAAGGGAUCAGAAUCUUCUGAUAGCCAGAAUUUCGUGAAGCAGUUUCUGCAGGAGGUAUGGAAGCUGCUGUCGAAACUAAACAAAGGUCCGGUACGUCUUUUGAAAAAACUACUUGUAUCUGGUCCUGUUAAAGUGUUUUUUAAAUUGCCUUGGACAAUCCUCUCCAACCUUCCUGGAUUUGCAAUGUUGAAACAACCUGUUUCUUAUUUAUUUUCCACCCAAGACAAAGAAGAAACCAAACCCGAAAAUGAGAAUUCGAGCAAUAGUAUUAGUAAACCACCAUUGAUAGAGGAGAUUACCAUCCCUUCCGUUUCUGAUCUUGUAAAAUCCGGAGUCCGUUUUGUGAAAACAAAAGGUAGCCUUUCGACCAUCUCCUUUGAUCCUAAAACAGUCACAUUUUACCUCCCUGCUACAAGCCUAGAUGUAAAUACAGAGGUGAUCUUGAGAAACUUGGUAGCAUAUGAAGUAUCAAAUGCAUCAGGGCCGUUGGUUUUAACCCGUUACACCGAAUUAAUGAACGGGAUCAUAGACACUGAGGAGGACGUGAAACUGCUUAGAGAGAAAGGUAUAAUUUUGAACCGUUUGAAAAGCGAUGAAGAAGUAGCCAAGGUUUGGAAUGGUAUGAGCAAGUCCAUUAGAUUGACCAAAGUGCCAUUCUUGGACAAGGCAAUUGAAGAUGUGAACAAGUAUUACAAUGGCAGAUGGAAGGUCAAAAUGACAAAGUUUAUGAAGGUUUAUGUUUUUGGUUCCUGGCAAUUUCUUGCUGUGCUUGCUGGCUUGUUGCUCUUGCUCUUGAUGACAUUGCAAGCAUUUUGCUCUGUCUAUUCCUGCAGUCGCGUAUUCCAUAUCACCACCACUACUACUUAGUGAUGCUUUAUGCCUAAUUAGCUUAUUUCCUUCUCUUCUUUUGCUAAUUGAAACCUCCUGAUUUGUACUUCCUAAAGAAAAGGAUGGCUUGGUGUGUGCUUUCUUUAUUUUAAUUGGUUGUAUUUUCAAGGGUGGAAUUGUGUAAUGAUCUAAAGAUUGCAGUAGUGAUUAUUUG